AGCCAAUUGAGCCUUCAACUGAGAGCUCUCUCGGUCUCGAGCGUAGCCAGAGCUAACCUCCCUCGCUCCACCCUAUCGACGACAUGGGUGCCCACUGGCGGCAUGACGGCCAGUGAUGAGGAGUUUGGCCAUGGAAAACUCAUUCGAGGUGGCUUUCUCCGUCAGGCUCACUCUGGCAUCUUUCAACUACUUCCUAUGGGUCUUCGCGUCCAGGAUAAGAUAGAGAAACUACUUGACAAGCAUAUGCAUUCACUCUUUCGACUCGCCGAUCGCAAAGAGGUGCCUCUUAUUCUCUCUCCUACACACGAGGAGGAAAUCACCACUCUCGUAGCCGGAACUCUCAAGUCAUAUAAAGACUUGCCCAUCCGGCUGUACCAAAUUACUCGAAAGUAUCGAGAUGAGCGUCGCCCCCGCCACGGUCUACUACGCUCCCGAGAAUUUCUAAUGAAGGAUCUGUACACCUUUGACCUAACAACAGCUGCUGCUUUUGAAACAUAUCGUCUAGUGUCUGCGGCUUACCGUGCCUUCUUCGCAGAGCUCAAGCUGCCGUACCUUGUUGCCGAGGCCAGCUCGGGCGACAUGGGAGGCGACCUUAGCCAUGAGUACCAUCUUCCUAGUGCUGUCGGCGAGGACACAGUUGUAAACUGCGACUCUUGCGGAUACACCGCCAACGAUGAGGUUGCGACGGCACGAGCGCCCUCUGCGAGCAAGGAUGCGGUUGCGAUUUCGGCCUCUGAUAUUCGUGUCUGGCGGGGCAUCUCCAAGGACCGAAAGGUUCUUGUCAACGCUUGGUACCCGCAGUCUUCAGAGGCAUUCUCGGAGAGCGGUCUGAACCUACAUGCGGUCAAAUCAGCGGUUAGCGAGCUCGACACCAGCAUCGAUGACCCUCUCCCAUUCUGGAGCGAGGCACUCGAGAGUGGGAAGCCAAAGGUUAUUAAUGUUGUCGAUGCCAGGCUCGCGCCAACGUUUGAAAGCCUUCGAGGACAACUCCCUCUAUUGCCCAAGACCCUUGAGUCUCAUGAGGUUGAGCAUUCCACGGUUGGUGGCACAGACUCGGCUGAAGCACUGAACCUGGUCCGCAUCACUCAUGGUGAUGGCUGCCCUCGAUGUGAGGAGGGAACUCUGAAAAUCCAUCGCGCCUUGGAGUGUGGCCAUACAUUCCACCUUGGAACCCGCUACUCGGUACCACUCGACGCAUGUGUGUCUCUUCCGCAAUCAGAGCUCCCCAAGGUUGCCAAAGAGGAAGGUCUCACUCCAGGAAGCCGUGUGCCUGUUCAAAUGGGAUGCCACGGCGUUGGAGUAUCAAGGAUCUUUGGCGCCGUGGCUGAGAUCCUCGCUGAUGAGCGAGGACUGAACUGGCCACGAGCCAUUGCCCCGUUCGAGGUGGCUGUCAUCCCAACACCCGGACUCGACAAGGAGUCGGUAGAGAUUUAUGACAAUCUCGUGGCUGGAAGCAGCUCGCAGCCUGGCCUUGACGUUGUCCUCGAUGACAGGAAGCAGUCAUUUGGCUGGAAGAUGAACGAUGCUGACAUGGUUGGCUAUCCCGUCGUCGUGAUCCUUGGCAAGGCUUUUAAGCAGGGCGGUCUUUGCGAGGUUCAGUGUAGACAACUCUCGGUCAAGGAGAAUGUCAAGCUUGAAGAGCUGCCUCAUUUCAUCUCAGGCGAAAACUGGAGGGGCAUCACGACAAGCAACUCACUCUCCUCCUCCGGCGACCACCUACCACGAACUAUCCAGCGACGAGGCACCAUGUCUGGAAAACAAGAGAUGAUCAACCUCGACACGCUCGAGCCCCAGCAGCUCGCCCAGGUUAAGAAGCAGUUGGACGAGGAGCUCGAGCACCUGACGACGUCCUUCGCCCAGCUCCACGGCGCCCAGAACAAGUUCAAGGAGUGUCUGCGAUGCGUGCAGGCCCGAGCUGCCGCCCCCAAAGGGUCCAACUCUGUCCUGGUCCCCUUGACCAACUCGCUAUACGUCCGUGGAGAGCUUUCUAAUGCUGAGACUGUGCUGGUAGAUGUCGGAACUGGCUUCUUGGUGGAAAAGAAACUCAAGUCCGCCGAAAAGUUCUACGAGGGCAAGGUUGAGGAGCUCGGAAACAACUUGAAGGAUCUGGAAGUCAUUGUGCAACGAAAGCAAACCAAUGCACGGACGAUUGAGGAGGUUCUGAGGCAAAAGAUCAUGGCUGCUCAAGGACAAGGUGACCAACAGCAGGCAUGA